ACAAUCUUAAGAACAAUGACGCGACUCUUCUUUCUGCUGUUCCUCUCAGUGGUCACUAGAAGAUGCAGUGCAGGAAGCGUUGCAGUGAGCAGGAGCUGGGAGGUGGUGAAGAAAGACAUUUUCAGGACCAAUCCUCUUAAGAUUUUAGAGGGCAACCCCUUCACUAGUUCUUCCCUCCGUUCCAUGCCUAGAAGCUGCAAGGAAAUCAAAGAGAGCUGCCAUAAAGCACCUGAUGGCCUGUAUUUCCUGCGUACAGAGAAUGGUGUCAUCUACCAGACCUUCUGUGACAUGACCUCUGGGGGUGGUGGCUGGACCCUGGUGGCCAGUGUGCAUGAGAACAGCAUGCAAGGAAAAUGCACAGUGGGUGAUCGCUGGUCCAGUCAGCAGGGCAGCCGAGCAGACUACCCAGAAGGGGACGGCAACUGGGCCAAUUACAACACCUUUGGUUCUGCAGAGGGAGCCACGAGCGAUGACUACAAGAACCCCGGCUAUUAUGACAUCCAGGCAGGGGACUUGGGCAUCUGGCAUGUCCCCAACAAGUCCCCACUGCAACAUUGGAGGAAUAGUUCCCUGCUGAGGUAUCACACCAACAGUAGCUUCUUCUCUGGUCUGGGAAACAAUCUGUUUGGACUCUACCAGAAAUACCCAGUGAAAUAUGGAUUAGGGGCAUGCCAGACUGGCAACGGUCCCGCAAUUCCUGUGGUCUAUGACUUUGGUGAUGCUAAGAAAACAGCAUCUUAUUACUCACCAUAUGGUCAGAGUGAAUUUGUUGCAGGAUUUGUCCAGUUCAGGGUGUUUAAUAAUGAGAGAGCCGCCAAUGCCCUGUGUGCUGGAAUGAAAGUUACUGGCUGCAACACUGAGCAUCAUUGCAUUGGUGGAGGAGGAUAUUUCCCAGAAUCCAGUCCCUGGCAGUGUGGAGAUUUCUCUGGUUUUGACUGGAAUGGCUAUGGAACUCACACUGGUUAUAGCAGUAGCCGAGAGAUAACAGAAUCAACGGUGCUCCUGUUCUAUAAAUAA